AUGAAGCUGAUCAUCGCGGUGCCCGCCAUCUGCGCGCUGGUCAUCCGCGCCUACUCCAAGAAUUCACUGACCACACCAGGCCUAGUCGUGGCCGCCCUCACAGCUGUGGCCCACGCCUACCAUCCGUGGAACCUACCCUUUGUCCUGCUGGUGGUCUUUUUCCUCGCUGGGACCAGGGUCACGCACAUCAAGCAAGAUGUCAAGGCCAAACUGACAGUGGCUUCCAAGGGAAGCUCUGGCGGUGAGGGGCCGCGCACACACGUGCAAGUGCUCGCCAACUCGCUCGUCGCUUCCGUCCUCACCGUCCUCCACGCGAACCAACUCUACGCUCGCCAAGCGAGGGUCGCCGAUGCGAACCAGGCAGCGCCCGCGGGAACACUCUGCUACGCGUGGGGAGGCGACAUUCUCAUCGUUGGCAUCAUUGCCAACUAUGCGGCUGUGGCGGCUGACACCUUCAGCUCAGAGCUGGGCAUCCUGGCCAAGAGCGAGCCGCGUCUGAUUACAUCACCUACGCUACGAAAGGUGCCUCGCGGGACGAACGGCGCAGUCACACUCUGGGGUCUCGGGGCUGGACUGUUUGGUUCCAUGGUUAUCGUAUCGGCAGCCACCGUGUUCCUGCCCUUUUGCAGCGACAAGACAGUUGGGCAUGCCGCAGGCGGCUCACCUUGGACCCAAGCCGAGCGCCGGAUGUUCAUGGGUACACUGGUCAUCUGGGGCGCGCUGGGCAGCGUCCUGGACAGCAUCCUGGGCGGUCUCUUUCAGCGGUCGGUGCGGGACGUGCGGUCGGGCAAGAUGGUGGAGGGCGAGGGCGGCGUCCGGGUGUUGGUCUCUGACAGCUCGGCCAAGAAGUUGCCGUCACGCGCGCAGGUGAAGCAGGCUGUGGGCGACAAGACGUCGGACCAGCUCCAGGGGAGUGCGGUGGAGACGCCGAGCUUGAAGACGGACGCGAAGCACAACCCCAUGGACAAGCACAGGAGGUCGAGCUUUGGCGACGAGCAACCCUCGAGAGUCGUCGAGAGUGGCUGGGAUCUACUCGACAACAACGACGUCAACUUCUUGAUGGCGGUGACGAUGAGCGUGGGCGCCAUGGCAGGCGCCAGCUGGUACUUUGGCAUCCCCGUCCAGGACGUGCUCAAAGUGUAG